AUGCAUUAUGUCUGGCUGUUGUUGUGCGCCGUGGGCCUAAUCCUCUACACCGUUUGGGGUAGCUACUUUGCGAGAAACCCACUAGAUAACAUUCCCGGGCCUCCUCGUCAGCAUUGGUGGACAGGCAACUUGGAUCAGAUAUUUGCGCGGUAUGUAUGGGAUUUCCACAAGGUGCUUGCGGAACGCUACGGUCCAGUAUCGAAGUUCUAUGGGCCUUUGGGGGCAAGGGAGUUGUAUGUGUUCGAUCCAAAGGCCAUGUACCAUAUCAUGGUCAAGGAUCAGAACACUUUUGAAGUGACUCCUGCCUUUUCAGCGACAAACAAGGUCCUUUUUGGGGAUGGCCUACUCUCGACGACGGGCGAACACCAUCGAAAGCAGCGGAAGAUGCUCAACCCUGUGUUUUCCAUCAGCCACGUGCGAGACAUGGUGCCUGCUUUUCUCAAGGUGACGAAAUGCGUAAAACACGGGUCCCGUGAAAUUAAUGUGUUGGAAUGGCUCAAUCGCACCGCUCUUGAACUCGUGGGGCAGAGCGGACUCCGGUACUCUUUUGAUUGUCUGCAAGAAUGCUAUGCAAAUCCUUACAGCACCGCCGUCAAGAACCUCCUCCCAACAAUAUUCAAAGUGUCCGUCGCGAGGAAAUUUCUCCCAUUUCUUAUCAAUGAGAUCUGUAGUAUUGUCGACGCUAUGGAUGAGACAUCGAUGAAGGUCUUGGAGGAAAAGAAAUGUGCACUUUCUAAGGGAGACGACGCGGUAUUGCACCAGAUUGGAGAAGGAAAAGACAUCACGAGCAUACUGCUCCGAGCCAACAUGGAUGCUUCAGCGGAAGAUCGUCUUCCAGAUUUAGAGCUCAUGGCACAAAUGAGUACGCUUGUUUUUACCGCAACACAUACGACUGCCGGUGCCCUAUGUCGGACCCUUUUGACUCUUGCUCAUCACCAAGAUGCACAAGACAGACUGGGCGAGGAAAUCCAACUAGCAAUGGCUGAACUUGGCGAGCUUGACUAUGAUGCCCUGGCCAAUCUGCCAUACCUUGAUGCAGUAUGUCGAGAGACACUGCAUCUGUAUCCUCCAGUUACCACCGUCGCACGCACUGCAGCUGACAAUAUAGUCCUCCCCUUCUCGCGUCCCGUCAAAGGGAAUGAUGGGACAUAUAUGCAUGAGGUCCUUGUGCCCAAGAACACGAAUGUUGUCGUAAACCAGAAAAAAUGGCUGUCUCCACUUCCACAAAGUGUUAUUGAUGCCGAGAUUCCAGGGGUCUACUCUCACCUAAUGACAUUCAUUGGCGGCGGAAGAGCGUGCAUUGGAUUCAGGUUUUCAGAACUUGAGAUGAAGAUUGUCCUUUGCACACUCAUCCAAGCAUUCAAGUUCACUCCCACGAAAGAGAUCGAUUGGACCAUGCAGGUGUCAUCUCCGAACGUCAAAGGUUCUGAGGAUGCAAAGUGGCAGUUGCCGCUCCGAGUCGAGUCGAGAUGA